UAAAUGCGCUGUGCGUUUAAAGUAUGCGGGGCAACAUGUUACGUCAUCACUUCGAGUGGGAGUCGAGGCUGUCGCGCCUUCUGUUGUCAAUUUGCUAAUUUGCGUCGGCUCUUCCGCUCCUCUCCACAUUCGUUUAUCGUCAGGGAUAGCGACGAUUUGCCGAAUUUGCUAAUCGUUCAGUAAAUCGUGUCAAGUGUUCUUACUUUUCGUUUUGGGGAGGGGAACGAAAACAAAAUGAGUGUAGAAGCGUACGGGCCGAGCUCGCAGACUCUGACGUUCCUGGACACCGAGGAAGCGGAGCUGCUGGGAGCAGACACGCAGGGCUCCGAGUACGAAUUCACCGAUUUCACCCUGCCGAGCCAGACGCAGACUCAAGGCCAAACGCAGAGUCAGCUGGACAACCAGAUAAACGGGCCUGACGGGAUGUUGCAGAAUGGAGAUGACCCGGUGGUAAAAGCCAGCCAGCUUCUGGCCGAACUGAACUUCGAGGAGGACGAGGAAGAUGCCUAUUACACCAAGGAUCUCCCCCUGCAUGCCUGCAGCUACUGUGGGAUUCAUGAUCCAGCCUGUGUAGUCUACUGCAACACAAGCAAGAAGUGGUUUUGUAAUGGCCGUGGGAAUACAUCUGGCAGCCACAUUGUAAACCACCUGGUGAGAGCCAAGUCCAAGGAGGUGACCCUGCACAAAGAUGGGCCCCUGGGGGAGACUGUGCUGGAGUGCUACAACUGUGGCUGUCGCAACGUCUUCCUGUUGGGCUUCAUCCCCGCCAAGGCUGACUCUGUAGUGGUGCUGCUGUGCAGGCAGCCAUGUGCCAGCCAGAGCAGCUUGAAGGACAUCAACUGGGACAGCUCCCAGUGGCAGCCUCUCAUACAGGACCGCUGCUUCCUCUCUUGGCUGGUCAAGAUUCCCUCAGAGCAAGAGCAGCUCAGGGCACGUCAAAUCACCGCCCAGCAGAUUAACAAGUUGGAGGAACUCUGGAAGGAAAAUCCUACAGCCACCCUAGAGGACCUGGAGAAGCCUGGUGUAGAUGAGGAGCCCCAGCAUGUCCUGCUUCGCUACGAAGACGCCUACCAGUACCAGAACAUCUUUGGUCCGCUGGUCAAACUGGAGGCUGACUAUGACAAAAAGCUCAAAGAGUCUCAGACUCAAGAUAAUAUAACAGUCCGAUGGGACUUGGGGCUGAAUAAAAAGCGGAUCGCUUACUUCACCCUUCCCAAGACGGACUCAGGUGAUAUGCGUCUAAUGCAGGGAGACGAGAUUUGCCUGAGGUACAAAGGAGACCUGGCCCCUCUGUGGAAAGGCAUCGGACAUGUCAUCAAAGUUCCCGAUAACUAUGGUGAUGAGAUUGCCAUAGAGCUGAGGAGCAGUGCUGGGGCCCCUGUGGAGACCCUCCACAAUUUCCAGGUUGACUUUGUAUGGAAAUCCACUUCUUUUGACAGGAUGCAGAGUGCCCUGAAGACAUUCGCUGUGGAUGAGACGUCUGUGUCUGGUUACAUCUAUCACAAGCUGCUGGGCCACGAGGUGGAGGAUGUGGUGAUCAAGUGCCAGCUGCCCAAACGCUUCACUGCCCAAGGCCUGCCAGACCUCAACCACUCUCAGGUGUAUGCUGUGAAGACAGUGCUGCAGCGUCCCCUAAGUCUGAUCCAGGGUCCUCCUGGCACAGGGAAGACUGUCACCUCUGCCACCAUAGUCUACCACCUGGCCAGGCAGGGUAAUGGGCCGGUGUUGGUGUGUGCUCCCAGUAACAUUGCUGUGGAUCAGCUGACUGAGAAGAUCCAUCAGACAGGUCUGAAAGUUGUGAGGCUGUGUGCUAAGAGCAGGGAAGCAAUUGACUCCCCUGUCUCUUUCCUGGCUCUGCAUAACCAAACCCGCAACAUGGAAAGCAUGCCAGAGCUUCAGAAGCUGCAGCAGCUGAAGGACGAGACUGGAGAACUUUCCUCCUCUGACGAGAAGCGCUACAGGGCUCUGAAGCGCACUGCUGAAAGGGAGCUCCUCAUGAAUGCUGAUGUGAUCUGCUGUACCUGUGUGGGGGCUGGAGAUCCCAGGCUGGCCAAGAUGCAGUUCCGCUCCAUUCUGAUUGAUGAAAGCACGCAGGCCACCGAACCAGAAUGCAUGGUACCUGUAGUUCUGGGUGCUAAGCAGUUGAUCUUAGUGGGUGACCACUGCCAGCUGGGUCCUGUGGUGAUGUGUAAGAAAGCAGCCAAGGCAGGCCUGUCCCAGUCCCUGUUUGAGCGAUUGGUGGUUUUAGGGAUCCGUCCCAUCCGUCUGCAGGUUCAGUACCGUAUGCAUCCGGCCCUCAGCGCAUUCCCCUCCAACAUCUUCUAUGAGGGCUCCCUACAAAAUGGGGUCACUGCCGCGGACCGUGUGAAGAAGGGCUUUGACUUCCAGUGGCCCCAGCCUGAUAAGCCCAUGUUCUUUUAUGUCACCCAAGGCCAGGAGGAAAUUGCUAGCUCUGGAACUUCCUACCUCAACAGGACUGAGGCAGCCAAUGUGGAGAAGAUUACCACCAGGCUUCUGAAGGCUGGAGCAAAGCCUGACCAGAUUGGCAUUAUCACCCCGUAUGAGGGCCAGAGAUCUUAUCUGGUCCAGUACAUGCAGUUCAGCGGUUCGCUGCACACUAAGCUCUACCAGGAGGUGGAGAUAGCCAGUGUGGACGCUUUCCAAGGCAGAGAGAAAGAUUUCAUCAUCCUGUCUUGUGUAAGGGCCAAUGAGCACCAGGGCAUCGGUUUCCUGAAUGAUCCCAGACGCCUCAAUGUUGCUCUCACAAGGGCCAGGUAUGGUGUAAUAAUUGUGGGCAACCCGAAGGCCCUGUCCAAGCAGCCCCUGUGGAAUCACCUGUUGAAUUACUACAAAGAACAGAAGGUGCUCGUGGAGGGCCCUCUCAAUAACCUGAGGGAGAGCCUCAUGCAGUUCAGCAAGCCACGCAAGCUGGUCAACAGCAUAAACCCUGGGGGUCGAUUUAUGAGCACUGCCAUGUAUGAUGCAAGGGAGGCCCUCAUUCCUGGAUCUGUGUAUGAUCGCAGUAGCAAUGGACGUACGUCUAACAUGUACUUCCAGACCCAUGAUCAGAUCAGUAUGAUCGGUACAGGCCCCAGCCCCCUGUCCUCCCUGAACAUCCCCAUCCCUUUCAACCUGGUGAUGCCCCCGAUUCCACCACCUGGCUACUUGGGACAAGCCAAUGGGCCAGCAGCAGGUCGUGGUGGGGGUAUGAAGGGCAAAACAGGGGGGAGUGGAGGAGGUAGUGGUGGGGCUCGAGGUGGCCGUCAGAAAAACCGUGGCGGUAUGGGGAACCACAGUGGGGGGAAUGGAGGACCAGACCGUGGACAACAUGGAAGCCACAUAAGCGGCAGUCAGGCCAGCCAGGACCUGGUUUCACAGCCUUUCUCCCAGGGGCCUCUCACCCAGGGCUAUAUUAACAUGAGCCAGCCCUCCCAGAUGAGCCAACCUGGCCUUUCACAGCCUGAACUCUCACAGGACAGUUACCUUGGUGAUGAGUUUAAGUCCCAGAUAGAUGUGGCUCUGUCCCAAGACUCCACCUAUCAAGGGGAGAGGGCUUACCAACAUGGUGGUGUGACUGGACUGUCCCAGUACUAGGCUAUUGCUGGAAAGGAGCUAGGCCUGUGUUGAGCUUAGUUUGUUGGUAUUUUAAUCUGGGUAAUAACAAAAAAAGAACAAACGCGGAUACCCGUUUUCCACUGCUACAACUGAAGCACCACUGUGUGAAAGUAACAGGAGAGAGAUCGAGAGAAGCCAACCAAUCACAAGAGUGAGAGCAAAAUGGAAGCAGAGCUGGACGAGGAGAGCAAGAGAGAGCAGGAGACUGGAGUGAAGCAAGGCACUGCUUCUUACAAAAGAAGACACGGUGAAGGAGAGGAUGUCGUUCGUCGUGUAGCACAGUUGGAGAGCCAAGAUCUUCGAUCGGUAUAGGAGGGUGGAGAGUCAAUAAGAUUCCAGAAGGAGAGAGAGGGCAGCUCUUCUGCGUUCUCCUCCUGCGAUCCCCCCCAUAUCGCUUGGGGGACGACCAGGUAGUAUAGCUGGGGACCUUGCUCCAAAAAGCUGAGAAGGACAAAGGAGAAGAGGUGUUGUCACACCACUACUCGCCAAGCUCACUCAACAGAAUGUCUUCCAUGAAUUGGAGAGAGAGAGAACAAAAGGGGACUCAACUCUUUAAAGCAGUCAGUCCAUAUGGGAACUUUUUUCAAAUUCAAAGCUUUGAGUCGAGGUUCGCGUUCUGCAUUCAAACCUGUUUUGAAAAAGAAGCAAGUGAAAACAAAAGGCUUUUUAAAUGGGAUUCUGGAGUGUUUGUGGCACUGCGUGUCAAAUAGAUUACAUGAAGUUUUGGGAAGAAACAACCAUGGACCAUUAGCUUUGUUUUUUCUGUUUGUUUCCCUUGAGGUUCUGAAAGAUGAGAAGCUAGUGAAGUUGGCCGUCUUUCCAGUCGGUUUUUUUUUUCUCAAGGUGGUUUAACAAAGAACAAGUGGUGGAACUGUCUCCGAAAAAGAAUAUACUUUUCAAACAAAAACAUGUUUGUCUCCAAAUUUAAGAGGGUGGACUUUAAAGCGUUGUGGUUAAUUGAGACAAUUUUGUUUUUGGUUUUUCAAAUGUUUUUUUUUUGUAGUCCAGUAAGUAUGUAGAAGAAAGUACCAUAACUAUCAUCCAGUUAAAUGAAGCAAUGAUGCUUCCAGCCUUCUUUGACUGUUUCCAACUCUUAUGAAAAGCUUCAUAAAUGGCUCACCACUCAUUCAGAAACCUUUAGGUACACACUAGCUAGCAGACUGGGCUCAUCUUGUUCAUGGGAACGUAUAAAAAAAAAUGCAAAAUCAGCCAUGGAGAGGGUAGCAUCCCCAAAAUACAUUUGCCCAAAACUCCGAACUUAACAUAUGAAAUGCUGAACAAAAGUCAAUGGCGAACAUAACAGGUAUGAGCUUUAGAUCAUGACCUGGUGCUCAGACAGAUGCUCUACAGCAUCUGCCUUCCAGUGAUGGUGGAUAUGUGCCUAGUUUGCAUUGGACAACCCCAAAAAGGAAGGUGAAAUGUUCCAACACAAAUCUGGUUAAACUGCAGUGUUUGCUAACCUCAAACACCAUGCAUCCAUUAUCUGUACCCACUUGACCAUUUUGAAGAGGCCCUGUGACCCUGAAUUGGAUUGUCUUUGAUGACAAAGAGACUGACCAUAUCUUGGGACUAUGUCUGAUUCUGAUGAGAGAUGUUUGGAGAAGUCUAUUGAAAUGUCAAAAAAGAUUUAACAGAAAUCUUGGGUUAUAUCUUUGACUUUAGAUAUGGGAGCGGAAGUCAUAAUGACUCAUUGAGUGUAGUUUUAGAUUAAGGUAUGAUCUAACCCAAAUGAAAUCCUCAUUUACCACUAUUAUAUAUUUACCUUUUUGCUGUGCUUGACUGUCUUGACCAAGUGCUAAUACCAUAGAAUUAGAGGAAAAAGUUGUCUGAAUGAAUAGUGGACAUGUAGAAAAACUACCUGCUUGCUCGAGCGUGGUCUUAGUAUUCUCUUGGUAAACCAUGUGUCUGAGUAGUUAAAUGUAUACUCUAUGCCCCAGUGUCCCAUGGCUUUAAAGGGACAGUCGUGACUGUGUCAUAUGCUUUCCAAAUCAAAUAUUUGCUGCAUCAGUUGCUAUCUCAUUGGCCUCCAAGGUCACCUAACCCUUUACCAUCUAUGAGACCAUUGUUUAAUGACAUUCAUUUGUCUAUGUCACUGAUAAUAAGGAGACUGUGACAGCUAGUAGUCAACAUUGUCACCAUUUUUAACAGAUAAACCCUAAGGACUAUAGGCAAACCUACACUGUUAUAUAACUUAAUAUCCAUCCAUUAAGCACUUAUUUUGUCCCCACCUGGUCAACAGACGAAGUGAAACUGACAUGAUGUACAGGAAGCCCAAAAAUCAGACUUGGAGAUAGGAAUAGUUUUUCCUGAUCGGUAUGCAUAUUGAUGAAAGCUAGUGUUAUGAAAUACUGAACGACACAGUCAGUUUACGACCACCUGUACAGAAAGUGCAUCUUCGUUAUUGUCUGUUUUGGAUCUAUCAAUAUUACCCCCACCUUGAUACGUAUGCGCGGAUAUCAACACGCAUACCAUUCAGAGGGAUAACAGUGCCUGAAUGAUAAUUUGCCCUUAUUUUACGACUUGUAACUCCUCACCAGUGCUGGGUGAAAUUGUCAUUACUUGGUGCAUGUAUUUAUUUACAGGCAUAGUUGGAGGCUCUAGCUAUUGGAAACAAGUUACUCUGUAUUCUUUUUACUGGAGAGAAACAAAUGAAAUCAUGUAGUUGGAAAUGGUUAGUUAUUUGUUGGUAAAGCCUGAAGUGGUUGCUAGUCCCUUAGCAACACCGUUUCUGGACUGGAUGACUGUUCCAUGUUGUCAGUUGGGUAUUUUCUUCUUUUCCGUUUUGUGUAAUAUGAGAAUUGUUUGGGUUUUUUUGUUUUGUUCCUAAAGGUUAAACUCAGCUCAUUGUAUUUUUAAUUAACUGAACGGGCUCCACUGUUUUGUUUUCUCUCUGCUGAUUAUUUUUGGUAGUUAUCAGCUACGCUCAUACAACCUCCACUUGUUGAUGUCCUUUGGAACAAAUAAAUAAAGGUUGCCUCUUUU